UUCCCUGCUGCAAGGAGCCCUUCCCAUUCCCCAUGCAGCCAGAGUUGUUGCUGCAUGCAAGGGAAAUACAGUCUAUGGAGCAGUGUGGGGUUGCUGUCCUCCCACAUGCUCUCUGGGGCUGACGCUGGGCUCUGUGCAGCAUCUCUGUCUCCAGGGUGUUUCAGGUCCCUCCACCAUGGGCAGCAGGAGUUGUCUGUGCUAGGCAGCCAGGCUGGACUUGGUGCUUGAGCUGUUUGCUUGGCUUUGGUGUCUCUUGGUUAUGAGGGUGAGCUGGCCUUUGUAGAUUGUGGUUAUGACUCUGAUUUUGCAGCUAAUUGUUGCCCCAAGCAUUUCUAGAACAUGAGGUGGGCAACAUAGAGCUGCCAGCGUGCUCCUUCCAACUAAGUGACUCCCUUGGAGGUGCCACCUGCCCCCAGCCACGCCUGAGCAGAGCUGUGAGAUCUGUGAUAAGUGCACGGGUGAGAGUGGAAUGAGGUGCUCCUGAGGGCACUGCCUGCCUCCCACAGAGGAAUAGGCAGGCUCGGUGGAGCUGGGCUAGAGCAAGAUGCUAGAUGCUGUUGACCUCAGCUCCAUGUCCUCAGAUGGGAGCAGGGCCAUGUGAUGGGGUAUGAAUUAGUGCACCAGGAGGUACUGCAGGUUGCUGUCACCUAGAGGUAGACAGGAUCCAUAUGGCUGGGCAUUCUCCCCUGCAGCAAGCCCCUGCAGACUGUUGAGUGCUGUGAGGGCCAUACAGUCUGGGCAUUGAGGGGGGGAGCUGUUCCAGCUUGCUUUCACUGCUGCCACCGAGGCACUUUGAGUAGGCCCUUUUUCAGCGGAUCGUUAUAGAUCUUCUCUAUCACAGCUGUGAACACACGAAGGUGAAACUGGAGAGUGAGGAACUGAGACCAGCCCAUGGACAGUCAGCUCACAAACCCUCUAGGAGAGUUGGCUCUGCCUGUGAGGGCAUGUCUGAGGGGGCAGGGGUGAGUGCCCUGCCCUCUCCCUGGGUGUCCUGUUUCCAGCCACUGCUGCUGCUGUCUGUAACCCAUCGGGGAGAUGAAUAUGCAUGGUGCUGUUUAAGCUCCCAGCUGGUGGGCAGAGGGGGGAGGAACUCUCCUCUUGCCAGGGAGCUCCACUCUCAUCUGUCUCAAGAGACUGUCCUGGGCCUGCUCCUGCUUGUCCCCUUUCUUCCUUCUUAGGGCGUUCCUUGCUUCUGGUUCCUGCCCUCAUGCACGGGGCACUGUCUGACUGAAAUAGCCUGCUGCCCCUGUUGACCCUGGAGGCUCGAGGGUUUUUUUUGGAUCAGGGCCUCUCUGUGUCCUUGCCCUUGCCUCUGCCUCUGGGUGUUGUUAGUGCUGGCAGCUCCUCUGGGCCAGUGUUGCUGUAGUGGGAGCCAUGAGCAUGACAAUUGCUUUCCAGGUUUUUAAUGUCUGCUACAUACAGAAGACCCCCGGUUGUAUCUUGGGAGCUCUGACAAGCCCAUGCUUUUGGCAGUAAGAGUUGUAACAGCUGUGAUGAGGUAGGUUUCCUCACCCACUGCUGUGUGGGGCUUCCCAUAAACACCACAGUGAAGGUCGUGUGAGGGCACUGGCCCUGGGAGGGCAGAGAGUGAAUCCUGAUGCUGUUGGGUCUCCUCCACCCACUCCUCCUGCCAUGCUUGCUCUCUCCUCUCCUUAGGCCACUAGUUCCUUGCCAGAGAGUUUGACCACAGAGAGUCGCCAAGAUAGCUGGGCCAGGAAGAAAACGUCGCACCCCUGACCCAGACUCCAUUACCGACCCCGGCGGGCCGUUUGUGUCCUCCAAACGGCCGAAAAUGUCCAGCAGCACCAAUGCCCCUGGUCAGAGGAGAGUGUCUCGGGGCUUGGAUGAUGCCGCCAACAAGAAGAAGCAGAAGGAUCGAGCCAACCAAGAGAGCAAGGAAGAACUGCUGCUGGACUGGAAGCAGAAUGCUGAUGAGAUCAUCGUCAAGCUGAACUUGGGUAGUGGAGCUCUGAAGGUAGAAGAUGUGGACGCUUUUUUCACUGACACGGACUGUAUGAUCAAACUACCAGACGGACGCCAGUGGAGCUGUCAGUUCUAUGAGGAGAUUGAGGGCUCCUGCAGCAAGGUCCAGUGCAAGAAGGGCAACUUUCUGCAGCUUGUGCUUCAGAAGAAGAUCCCACUCCAUAACUGGUCUUCGCUUCUGAAAAGGAAAGAUGGAUCCAAAGAGCCAGUCAAAGGAGCCAUGUGCUGGGAGAAUGGAAAGGAGAAGGCUGCUUCUGCAGAGCUGGCCUCUGAAGAGCUAAAGGCUGAGGGCACAGAACUGACCAGAUCCCGGCGGGAGCCCUCCAAUCCCAAGCGUGCUCCAGGAAGAAAUGAAGCCCUGGGAGGGAAGAGCCCAGCCAGCCCAGGGACACAGAGCGGCCCCAGCGCCAAGCGGGCAGUAUACCUCAAAGUGGCUCCCACUGAAGAAGAGCCAAAUGCCAGAGUCACCGGGAGUGUGGAGCCCAGCAGAGGCCACAGUGGGAGGGCAGGCAGCCGCCGCAAUGGCAGAGCCAGCCAGGUCGAUGCACCCACAGACCUCACACCGCCACUAGAGAAGGCUGUGGUUUUGUCCAAAGAAACUGUUCCCGUGGAGAUGCCACCUCUCACGGCUACCACAGAGGUGUUCCCUCACCGUGUUGCCACCUGUGUGGAGAAGAGAGUCCUGCAGCCAGGCAGCCCUGCUGAGGCCUUGCGGGGUCAGGACUGCAUGCCCAUCCUGGGAGAGAACUCUAAGGCUGUCCCAGUAGCCACUCCUCCCCUGGGCAGAGAUGGUGAGAAAAGAGACUGGUCCAAGGAUGAUGUGGCUCUGGAAGCAGCAGCUGAUGAGCCAGAGCCUUUUGUGAGCUUGAGCUUUGUCAAGAAUGACUCCUAUGAGAAAGGCAAUGACCUGGUGGUGGUGCACGUCUACGUGAAAGAGAUCCACAAGGAGGUGUCCAAGGUGUUGUUCCGGGAGCAAGACUUCACGCUGAUGUUCCAGACAAGUGAUACAAACUUCCUUCGCCUCCAUCCUGGCUGCGGUCCCCACACAGUGUUCCGGUGGCAGGUGAAGCUCAGGAACCUUAUUGAGCCAGACCAGUGCACAUACAACUUCACGGUGUCUCGCAUAGAUGUCUGCCUGAAGAAACGCCAGAGCCAGCGCUGGGGUGGGCUGGAGGCUCCAGCCACACGAGGUGCAGUGGGUGGUGCAAAGGUUGCCAUGCCUACAGGCCCUACCCCUCUGGAUAAGAAUCCCCCGGGCAGUAACCAGCACCCCCUGUCCAGCAAGGAAGAGGCCCGUGCUAAUGACAAAGAGAAACCACGUGUAGAAGAUGGGGGUCUGGAUGGUGUGGCAGCCCGUACAGCCCCAGAGCACGUGGCAGUGAAACAAGAGCCGCACAUCCCCUCGCCCAAACCAACCUGCAUGGUGCCACCGAUGACACACAGCCCGGUGAGCUCUGAGAGUGUGGAAGACGAUGAGGAUGAAGAUGAGAAGAAGAAGGUCUGCCUGCCUGGCUUCACAGGGUUGGUGAACUUGGGGAACACUUGCUUCAUGAACAGUGUCAUCCAGUCCCUGUCCAACACCCGAGAGCUACGUGACUACUUCCACGAUCGCUCCUUUGAGUCAGAAAUCAACUACAACAACCCUCUGGGGACAGGAGGACGCUUGGCCAUUGGCUUUGCCAUGCUGCUGCGAGCGCUGUGGAAGGGCACUCACCAUGCCUUCCAACCCUCUAAAUUGAAGGCAAUCGUGGCCAGCAAGGCCAGCCAGUUCACUGGCUAUGCCCAGCAUGAUGCUCAGGAGUUCAUGGCCUUCCUGCUUGAUGGCCUGCAUGAGGACCUCAACCGCAUCCAGAACAAACCCUACACAGAGACCGUUGACUCAGACGGGAGGCCUGAUGAGGUGGUAGCUGAGGAAGCCUGGCAGCGACACAAGAUGAGGAAUGACUCUUUCAUUGUGGACCUCUUCCAGGGCCAGUACAAAUCCAAGCUGGUGUGUCCAGUGUGUUCCAAGGUGUCCAUCACCUUUGACCCCUUCCUGUACCUACCUGUGCCACUCCCUCAGAAGCAGAAGGUUCUGACUGUGUACUACUUUGCAAAGGAGCCACACAAGAAACCCAUCAAGUUCCUCGUGAGUAUCAGCAAGGAGAAUUCCAGCGCCAUGGAGGUGCUUGACUCAGUCGCCCACAGUGUGCGGGUGAAGCCAGAGAACCUGCGCCUGGCAGAGGUGAUCAAAAAUCGCUUCCACCGCACAUUCCUGCCGUCCAACUCGCUAGACACAGUCUCUCCCACAGACCUGCUGCUGUGCUUUGAGGUGCUGUCCCCAGAGCUGGCCAAGGAGCGAGUGGUGGUGCUGCAAGUCCAGCAGCGUCCACAGGUGCCCAGUGGCCCUGUUGCCAAGUGUGCAGCCUGCCAGAAGAAGCAGCUGCCAGAGGAUGAGAAGCUCAGGCGCUGCACGAGGUGCUAUCGAGUUGGUUACUGCAAUGUGGCAUGUCAGAAAACACACUGGCCAGACCACAAGGCUUUGUGCCGCCCGGAGAACAUUGGUUUCCCCUUCAUCAUCAGUGUGCCAGAGUCCCGCCUCACCUAUGCCCGCCUGGCCCAGCUGCUGGAGGGCUAUGCAAGGUACUCUGUCAGCGUGUUCCAGCCUCCAUUCCAACUGGGCAGGAUGUCACCAGAGCAGGGCCUGCAGCCUCUGCUAGACAAGCUAGAACCUCUGGCCAAGAGCAGCUGUGCAGCAACCACCUCUGCCCCUGAGAUGGGGGAUGGGGACGAGGCUUCCAGCCUCCUGCAGGAGCCCCCGCUCUCUCCAGCCGUGCCUGAGCUGCAUACUGAGAUGGGUGAUGCCAGCACUGUCCGGAGCAAGGUCCUGGCAGCCAGGAGUUCCCUGCUGAGCUUGGAUUCAGGCUUCUCUGAGCAUGUGGAUUCACAGGGCAACAGCUGUUGUGAGAAGGAGCCAUCCUAUGAGAGAGCCCUCAAGCCAGAAGCUGCCAUCCCUGGGUACCAACACACUCCAGACUCAUUGAGUGCCCGUGCCACGCAGUUCUACAUCAACAAGAUUGACGCUACCAACCGGGAGCACAAGCUGGAAGAUAAAGGUGACACGCCCCUGGAGCUGACAGAUGACUGCUCCCUCGCCCUCGUAUGGAAGAACAAUGAGCGCCUCAAGGAAUUUGUGUUGGUGGAGUCCAAGGAGCUGGAGUGCGUGGAGGACCCAGGCUCAGCCAGUGAAGCAGCCCGGGCUGGCCACUUCACCCUCGAGCAGUGCCUCAAUCUCUUCACCAAGCCUGAAGUCCUGGCCCCAGAGGAAGCAUGGUACUGUCCCAAGUGCAAGCAACACCGCGAGGCCUCCAAGCAGCUGAUGCUGUGGCGACUGCCCAACGUCCUCAUCAUCCAGCUCAAGCGCUUCUCCUUCCGCAGCUUCAUUUGGAGGGACAAGAUCAACGACAUGGUAGACUUCCCUGUCCGGAGCCUGGAUCUGAGCAAGUUCUGCAUCGGCCGAAAGGGUGAGCAGCAGCUGCCCAUGUAUGACCUCUAUGCUGUGAUCAACCACUACGGGGGCAUGAUUGGAGGACACUACACAGCAUAUGCCCGCCUGCCCAGUGACAAGAACAGCCAGCGCAGCGACGUGGGCUGGCGGCUCUUUGACGACAGCACAGUCACCACUGUGGAUGAGAGCCAGGUGGUAACUAGAUAUGCUUAUGUCCUCUUCUACCGCCGGAGGAACUCUCCUGUGGAGAGACCCCUGCCAGGGCACCCCCCAGACCACCGAGCCGAGCGCACCCCCUCUGCCGAAGCCACUGCAAGCCAGGCUUCUCUGAUCUGGCAGGAACUGGAGGCUGAAGAACAAGAGCUGCAACUCGAGGCACCUCAAAGGCCUGCAAGAAAUUCCUGGAGGCCCCAUGGCCAGAAGCGGAGUCCAGGCACCCCACAGCACCCAGAUGAAGGCUGCAUCAGAUAUUUUGUCCUGGCCACUACAGCUGCAAUCGUGGCUCUCUUCCUAAAUGUCUUCUACCCACUCAUUUACCAAACCCGCUGGAGAUAGGCACGGGCACACAGCCAGCUGCAGGAGCAGGGCUGCCGAGGCACGCGCCGUCCUCGGACACUACGCAAUGAAGACGACAGGCGGCAGGACAGAAACUGCCAGGAAGGACUCGCCAAGGGAAGCGUGGGGCCGUCGGCUCCUGCUUGUCUGCUCCGGCAUCUCCCGUGCCAGCUGGCAGGGCUGCUUGGCCAGCUCACUGCCUUGCCAAGGCACAGCCCAGAACCAGGAGCCCCUUCUGCCCUCCCUUCAUCCUUGCUGCCUGCUGGGGGCAGGACAGACCUCAGGCUACCUGCUACUUAGGAAGUGAUGUUGCUGCUGCAGCAGGACCAGGGCUUGGGAGCUACCCAGGAACGUCAUUUGCCUCUGCUUCGCUCCUGGGAAAGAGGAGACCUGCUAGGAGGCUGCAGCAAGGGCAGGAUGCCCUGACAUGGUUCCUGAUCUGGUCACCUCUCCUUGCUAUGCUGCUGUAGGAGCCUUGUACUCCCCAGAGCUGGCACAGCCUGCAGCUCCUGUACCAGGCCAGUCCAGUCCCUCCUGCCAGCCUCCCACUAAGCCUUCUGGUGCCAGCACCCCCAUGCUGGGCACAAACAGGCUUGUCACCAAGGGUUUGUGUGCUUCCCUCCUCAGUCAGAGGCUCAGAUUCACCACAGCUCCUCUCCUCCCUUGGGAGCCUGGCAUGCCCAUGGUGAGCACCUGCCUCUGUGGGCUGCUGACUCUUGCCAGCCCCCAGUGCCAUGGAAAGUGUGGGCUGUUUCCACUCAGCUCCAGCUGGCUGUGUCUCAGCCAAGUCUCUGACAGGAGAGGAUGGCACAGCACCUUGUUUGCCAGAGAAUGCACUGCCUAUGGGGUAAGGGAGUGCAGGCAGGACCUGAGUGUGUUAAUAAAGCCAGGUUUUCCAAAGA